GUUUCUAGGGAAUUUGGGGGAAAUUUACUACCAGUUACCAAGCGUGGUUGUCUAUACCUUGCGGUUUUAACCUGUGGUUUUAACUUAACCACAGAAAUUCAUAAUACCACUUUCAUACCUUCAGAAAAAAAGGCAAAUAUAAUAUCCAGAUAGUCACAAAGGAGAAAAAUAAAUAACAAACGAAAUGAGUGAUUAUGGAGAUUCUUUCUCAUCUACCAGCAGCGAUAAUAAAGGCGACAAAGAAUUGCAAGAGUUUCUCAUGGUAGAAAAACAAAAGGCACAAUUCAAUGCACAGAUUCAUGAAUUCAAUGACUUUUGCUGGGACAAAUGCGUUGAGAAAACAGGGAACAAAUUGGAUAGCAAAACGGAAACUUGUUUAACAAAUUGUGUCGAUAGGUUUAUUGAUGUUUCUCUUUUAAUAACGAAUCGUUUCGCACAGUUGCUACAGAAGAGUGCUGGUGUUUAGUGAGAAACAGCAUGAUUAUGUUAGAACCAGACGUUUUAUAGUGUUUGAAAUAAAUAAAAUUUUGUUUUCGUC